UAUCCAUGGUCGAUCCAGAUCCAAGCACCAACCACACCUUCCCAGCUACGGUAUAUCUCUUUCAGCUCCCUCUCCAUCUAGAUCUCUUGCAGCCGCAAGUGCAAGGAGGACAGCCAAGCCCAUGACGACGCCGGCGAUGACUACUGGUCUCGGAUAGAGGACCAUGAGCCCAUGAAUGGUGACGAUGGCAGAAGAGGCCAUGACCAAGCAGAUGGCGUGGAGCCCUUGGAGGAUCGCGACAACGACGAACCCUUGGAGCUCGUGCAUGUUGGUGACAACGAUGAUGUCGCUGCCUCAAGAUCUCGCUCCGAAUCCAAGAGCCACGACACGUGCAAGAAGAGAACAAGUCCGAAAGAACGAGUCGAGUCUGCUUUCCGAAAAACCAAGUCUAAGCACGAAGGCAACUGCAGGAAGAAACAAGCUGACGAUGAUGAUGGCAGCGACGAUGAAGAUGCCCCAGCAUCUGGAUCCAACGGAGCACGCAAUGAUAGUCACGAGGGCAAGACUUGGUGA